AUGAAGUUCGGCCAAAAAUUCACCGAGAUUAUCGCCGCGACUCACCCAUCAGUGAGCGACCAGUUCCUGUGCUACAAGACGCUGAAGAAGUGCCUCAAGGCCAUCCCGGAGUACAAGGCGACGACCGCGAAUGGUGAUACCACGAUCAAGCCCGGGGAAAAGCGUAAGCUGACCGACGAGCAGAGGCUGUUCCUCAAGACGCUCAACGCUGAGCUGCAAAAGUUUAACAGAUUCUUCAUCUCGGCUGAGGAGGACUUCGUGAUGAAGGAGACGAAACUGGAGGCGGCGUACAGACAGGUGGUGAACACAGACGGCAGCAGGGCGCCGAGGUUCACGAUGCAAAGGUGCCGCGCCGCGUGCCGGGCGCUCGCGGACUUCCACGGCGAGCUCGUCCUGAUGGAGCACUGGGUCAGCCUCAACUACACUGCGCUGGUGAAAAUCCUGAAGAAGCACGACAAGCGCUCAAACCUGUCGCUUCGCUCGCCUUUCCUCGUCAGCGUCCUGCAGCAACCGUUCUACAGCACCGAAGUACUCACGCAGCUCAUCACUAAAACAGAAUCCAGGUUUCGCAAGCUCAACGCGCUCAUCGCAUCCAGAGGGAACGAGGCUGAGGCGAAUGGGAGUGAGACGAACGGGCACGUUGCAAAUGGCGCGGAUGCCGAGGACAACGAGGACGUGGUGGCGACGGUCAGCACCGCAGAGGUGUCUCUAUCUCUGUCCAGGACCAAAGCCGCAAUGGAGUGCUGGAACGGUCUGAAGGAUUCGGACUCGAUCAAGCGACCGCUGGGGGACGUGCCGGUGCUUCUUCAGGCCAAGAGGGCGAGGAGCUCGUGACCUUCCAAUUUUCCCCCAAGUGCAAAAAAGUCAAGCCGGGGGGCAUGUAUUAGUGCCUUUGACUAGAUCAUUUAUCCGCAGCUCGGAGCCGGGCAUGCGCGCGCAGCAGCUUGCAACGCUGUAUCAAUAAUACCUACCACGUUACGAAA